AUGCGAAAUAUUGGCCAUAAUCGUGCUACUUGUCCUCUUAAUAAAACAAAUGAGUAUGAUUUAACAUCACUAGCAAUAGCCAUGUCCAAAUGUUUCAACCGAAAUCCUGUAGAUUGUAGCAUUCUUGAUUUUUUAAACGAGUACGAUCUAGAACCGCCAGAAUUACCUGAUACUGGUGAGGAAGGAAAACAAGUUGUUCAACCAAUGCAAGAAAUUGAAGAACAAGAAGAAUAUGAAGAUACUGAGGUGACCAAAUAA